AACUUAACUUUUUUUUCCUCUCUCUUUGUUUUUUUUUUCUUCUUCAAACUUCCCAUUUUUCUUUUCCCUCUUCCUUAUUUUUGUUAACUCUUCUUCUUCAUUCUUAGCUGGUUGCAUUUAAAAGAACAAAAGCAAAAUCGUCCUCCCAACCUAGAGCCCAAAUGAAGGGUGAUUAAUUGUGAUGAAAUUGGUAGGUGAGUGAUGGGGACGGUGCGUAAGGAGUAUGAUUUCAUGACAAACCCACACCCACACCCACUCAUCUUCUACCGACAGGGUAGACCCAAGAAUCUUGGAGGUGGAGAAGAAGCAGCCAUUUUGUGCUGUAUAUGCAAUGAAUUAUUCCGUCCACCAGUGUUCGGGUGCUCGCGGGACGAUUGCAACUUCUAUGUCCAUCAAUCAUGCAUCAAACUUCCUCCUACGAUCCACAACCCCUUCUAUACCAAGUCUGCCCCUGCUGUCUUUUCCCUCACCACUUCCAACAACUUCCCCUGCAACUGCUGUUCCCAAAAACCAUACGACUUCUCUUACGUUUGCUCCUUCCGAAAAUUCGAUAUAAAACUCGACUUACAAUGCGCCAUCGCCCUCACCCUCGACCCGAAGGCCAACAGUUUACUAAACACCACAACCGCAGAUGGUGGUAACUUAUUUCUACAUUUCUGUCAUCCCCAUCAAUUGGCCCGUCACCUUCCCACACAUCCAGAUAGGAAAACUACAACAAUUCCUGUUUGUAUUGUCUGCCAUGGCCCUAUCAAAUCAUCUUCUACCUACUACUUUUGCCCUCAAUCUCAACCUUACUGUAAUUCCUACACCUUUCAUCCACAAUGUGCUGAGCUGCCUCGCCAAAUCCUGAAUCCUGAUCUCCAUCGUCAUCCAUUGUUUCUCUUUGCUAUGCCUUGGAAGUCCAACACCCUUUGCGUUGAUUGUAAAAAUGAAUGCACUAACUUUUUCUACUCUUGCCCAACCUGCUGGAAGUCCAUGAAUCUUCACGUAAAUUGUGUUUCCUCAUUCAAACACCAACACGACUUCCAGAUUCUUCUUAGGAAGCUUCGUGAUUACGAUUGCCAACUCUGUCACAAACAUGCCACCAAUGAAUUCCCUUGGUUUUGUACAAUCUGCCAUCAACUUGCCCAUAAAAAAUGUGCAAUUCGUCAAAUGUCCCAACAUCUUCAUCGUCACUCCUCUACUCAAACAUCAUCUGAUAAUGUUCAUAAAAAUAUAAUCUCACAUUUUAGCCAUAAGCAACAUAUGUUGACCCUUUGUGAGCCACAGCCUCUCCAGUCUUGCCCUGGUCGUGAAUAUAAACUUUGUGAAGCGUGUAUGCAAUGCAUAUCAACGCAUCUGUCUCAAUUCUAUUCUUGUCAACCAUGUGGCUUCUAUUUGCACCCAGAGUGCGCAUCAUUGCCGACCCUAUACGACAAUACCUUCCUCCAUGAGCACAAAUUGAGUAUGGUGUAUACCCCAGAUUUUGUAUUCUCAUGUGCCGUUUGUCUUCAAUAUUGUCAUGGUUUUGCUUACCAUUGUGAAGAAUGUCACUAUGUAAUUGACAUUCGAUGUGCUACUACAAUCACAUUCCCAUUUACACAUUCAAGUCACCAUCAUCCCUUGUCUGAUUAUGACAGAAAAGUAAAACACAAGUGUAAAGCUUGUGGAGAGAAUUUAAUGCACAAAAACAGUGUAGGAUGUGAGGAAUGCGACUUUUACUUGGACUUACGAUGUGCACAUCUGCCAAUUGAAGUAAAAACUAGAUUUGAUGAACAUCCAUUGAGCCUCAUCAUUGUUAUUGAUGGUGAAGAAGAAGAAAGUGAAGAAGAAGAAGAAAGUGAUAGUGAAGAAGAAGAAGAAAGUGACGAUGAAGAAGAAAGUGAAGAAGAAGAAAGUGAUAGUGAAGAAGAAGAAGAAAGUGAUGGUGAAGAAGAAAUUGAUGGUGUAGAAGAAGAAGAAAUUGAUGGUGAAGAAGAAUAUUAUUGUGAUAUUUGUGAAGAAGAAAGGAACAAAGGGGAGUGGUUCUACUAUUGUCGGGCGUGUUGUUUUGCAGCACAUCCAAGGUGUGUUCUUGGGGACUUUCCCUUUCUUAAGUCAAUUCAAUUUGACGGCCAUCCUCAUCCUCUGAGUUGGGUAUUGAAGACACAGAAGUCCUUUGAUUGCAGUGCUUGUGACCAGUUUUAUGAUGGCAAUUUAGCCCUUGAAUGUAGGUGUUGUAAGGACUUUAAUGUGCAUGCAUUCGGAGAAUGUUACCAAAACCAGCUUACACAAGGUCAAAUCACUUUCAUUAUGCCGUCUCUUCGCUAUCGUUCAAUUCCCCACUACUGAUGCCUACAUCAAACUGGAGUGAUGGAGAGAGAGCAUAAGACGAAGGCUGAUAAUGCUAUUUUGAGGAACACCCACCCACCCACUGCUGAUGAUCUUCCACCGUCGGCCCCUCCAUGACGGUGGAGAGGAAGAAACGUUCGAUCCCCCGACGUUCGGUUGCUCCGAUGACUACAUCCAACUUACCCGUAAGAUCUCCAGCCAUUUUUCAUACAUGUGAUCAUCAUUCUGUUUCACUCUCCACCUCCAACAACUUCCCCUGCACCCCUUGUAUUAGGGAUUAUCGAUAAGUUUAAAGUGAACAACUUUACCUGUAUUACUCAUGUGAACAAGUUAAACUCCUCUCCUAAAUAAGCCUUUGUAUUUGUAAUGUGUUGGGUCAAAACCCAUACCACCCCGAUUACAUCUGCUCCUACAACACCCAUUUGAAUAUGAGACCUCCUGAUCCUUUCUACUCUAAAAUCUAUGCUGUUAUUCCCAUCUUACGAUUGGUCCAAUCUAUACAAUCUUUAUAUUUUUUCC